AUGCAUAAUAUCGGUGAUGCUGCAUCGUUACAGGAGGACUUGAGUAAUUUUGAAUCAAGUUCUUCAGAUAUGGGUCUUCACUUAAACACCUCCAAAUGUAAAGCUCUGCGGGUCACCAGAAAACAUCGCCAGAUCAAGUAUCCAUACACCUUACAAGAUAGCAUGUUAGAAAACGUUGAAAAUGAGCGUGUGCUCGGCGUGUGGAUAUCAAACAAUUUGACCUGGCGCAAACAGGUAUUGGAACAAUGCUCAAAAGCAAAUAAAAUGUUGGGUUCCAUCAACAGAUCAACAAGAACAAUCAAGAGCUGUAAAGCCCGUCGGACGCUAUAUAUAACACUUGUUCGAUCGCAAAUGGGAUAUGCUACACAAGUUUGGUCUCCGCAAUCCAUCGACCUCAUCGCUCGCUUAGAACAC